CGAUGAUGCUUCGCAUUCAAAAUUGUGAUUCAAGCUUGCUGUGGCAUUCGAUCGUGAUUUACUGCUGCAGCAUCCUUGACGGGGCCGAAGCAUGACUCGAGCAAAAGCUAUAAAUCCCGAGAAUUUGUGACCCCUUUCUGAACCUCUCUCCAACAACCACUAAAUUGCUUCCUCGUCUCCCUGACCUGCCUAACCCCCACCAGGUCAGUUGCGCAUACAAGCCCAGAAUGUCAACACCUUCCAAAACGCUCUUUUUAAUCGGGCCUGGAUUUAUUGGCGGCACCUUGUUGCUCAAGCUAAAAGAGGUCCGUCCAGACUUGAAGCUGUCGGCGCUGACUCGUCGCAAAGAGCAAGCUGAAGAGCUCAAGUCUCUGGGCAUUGAGCCUGUGCUCGGUUCAUUGGAUGAUGUGGAGCUGAUCCAGAAGAACGCAGGAGCAUCGGACAUUGUCAUCCAUACCGCGACUGCCGAUCAUCUGCCCAGCACACGAGCUGCGGCUGAAGGCAUCAAGAAUCGUGCGGACAAGUCCAAGCAUGUAGUCUUCAUCCACACUAGUGGUAAUGACGAGAUGAUUGGUGCUGCAAAGGGUUUUGGGGACAAGAGCGUGGAGGAAAAGAAGUUGUCGGAUGCUCAAGGGGAUGAAAUGUUGGAAGAGCGCAUCGCCCCGGAUGCUCUUCACCGACAAGUCGACGGUCCCCUGCGCCAGAUCUUGCUCAACGAUGCGGCAGAAAAGGCAGCCAAUGCAAGUGCGGCCAUCAUGAUGCCUCCUCUAAUCUACGGCAUCGGAGCGGAACCGUGGAGACGUAUCAGCAUUCAAGCACCCAUGCUGCUCAGUUGCAUGAUCAAGAAUGGAAUCGCAGCUCUUCCACCUGGUACAAGCCAAUGGAACGCUGUUGGAGUGCACGACCUAGCCGAUGCGUAUGUGCUCCUCAUCGCAGAAUUGGAAGCUCAUACACCUGGCAUGCGCCACACAUCCUCUCACUACGCCUUCCCAGCUGAGCCCGACACCUUUAGCUGGAGGGACGUGUUCGAGGCGAUGGUGGAAGAGCUGAAAGCUGCUGGACAUCCAGCAGCCAAGAAGGAACUCAAAGUGCUGGACAGGCAAGCCUUCGAAGAGUUCGUGGGCGGCAAGGAGAACCCCUAUAGCGGGAUUUUUGCUCAAAAUCUUUAUGGAAAGGAGAAUGCAUUUACCAAGCCAGACCGACUGACAGCUCUGGGUCUUCGUCACAAGCAAACAGGUGUUGUCGCCUCCAUCAAGAUUGACAAGGAGCUGCAGAGGAUAAUUGAGGCAUCUCUAUGAGGCUCGCCCAAUUACGUACGCAUUCGUGGAUACAAUCUGAAUCUUAGCAGUUGUUUAGAAAUCACACUCCACUCGCAUUUUGACUCAAAUCUUACAAUCACAAUCAAGAAUUGCAUCGAUGCAAGCUUGGUGAUCUUGGUCCGCGUAAUGCGAUGUGAAGCUGCCAUGCAGCAUUUGAAAAGGG